AUGACAGAUAUUAUGUCCCUCCAGUACCCGCCGCCACCGAACGGCACCAAUAUUGCUCUUCAGCAGCCCGGAUACUUGCCUGCAGAGUACUCGAGCAUUCAUUCACCAACCGGACUUGUACAAGACACCAACAUGCCUCCCAAAGGGCGCCAUGAUCCCAUAACAAAGAACCUCAACAUGAGGCUCGCGAAGUCCUUGUCUACGCCUGCUUCAUUAAAGUCAGCUGCGGUGCAACAGCAAGUUUCCCUUUCACAAGAUCAAAACGCUCUCAGCUUGGCCGCUGAGAAAAGAAGAAAUAAGCUUGGCUACCACCGGACUUCUGUGGCGUGUGUGUCCUUGACGUCUUCUGUUGGCCGAGCUUUUGAGUACAGCAACAGUGGGAUGCCGAACUGGAUGUCCGCAGACGUCAGUCCCAACUCGGCGAAGCCGGGCGACUUGGGUACUCCCUGGAGACCAUAUCCGCAGGAAUCUCCCACCACACCAGUCUUCACGUCGUAUACACAGCACACAACAGCACCAUCGGCAACUUGGGCGCAACAUCCCGAACCAGCAGCAAGAGAGGACAUGUGGUAUCCCACACCUACCCCAAGGUCCCUCUCUUUUGGGACAGAAAGCGUGGUUGGCAAUCACGCUCAGUAUCCGCCUAUUUCACAAAUGACAAGCGGCCUGCCAACUCGGCCGUUCGACCGCAAAUCUGGAUCCAUGCCUGAAAUAUAUCAUUCUUCGAUCAACACUGCCGGCACUUCUUUGGACACAGUCUCGCUUUCGGCCGGGACUGAAGGAACUCAGUCAUACGAUGGCUGGCAGCCGUACUCGUACGGCAAGCCCAACGAUUCAUCCGAUGCCUACGUCGGAUGGGGUGGGGAGCAAGCCACAUCUUCGGCAACCGAAACGCACGCGACUUCGUCUAAUGUGUAUUACACCGGCCGAUAA